AUGUGCGCGCCCCUCACCGUCAAUUGCCAGCAGCGCAACCACCGCUUCACCCUCCCCAAAAACCUGAUCCCCUGUGUAUCCCCAGGUUCCGAAGCCUGCAAAGCAGGCACCGCAGCACCUUCUCAGACCUGGCAGGUUUCCCCAACAGACUGUAUGGCCGUCAAGCGCAAAAACGGAACCUACGACGAGCGCAAAUGCAUCUCCAAUUUGAAGCAGUAUGGCCAAAAGGUUUGGAAGAUGAAUAAGGGACUUGAGGAUGAGAAGAACAAGGAGAAGAAGAACAGUGGUGAGGAGGGAGGGAAGUGUGUUGUUCAGUAG